AUAAAGAGUAACAUGUAUGUAUCAUUGCACUACUUUCACACCAUCAAUUCACACCAACCACCCCACUCCUUCGUUCGCGAUAAAUACACUUCACCCAUCUACUUUCCUCUCUCUCUCUCUCUCUCUACAAUUCAUCUCAGAGAUUCACAAUGGGCAAAAAGAAGAGCAAGAACCAAGGCAACCAAGUCGAGCAGAAGAGCGAUGGAGGAAAGAAGGACGACGGUGUCCUCACUGUCGUUUUGAAGGUCGACAUGCAUUGCGAGGGCUGUGCUACCAAAAUUAAGAAGUCUAUUCGAGACUUUGAAGGUGUUGAAUCCUUGAAAGGAGGCGAUGGAAACAAGUUGACAGUGAUCGGGAAAGUAGAUCCGGUGAAGCUGCGAGAAAUGGUUGAGCAGAAGACGAAGAAGAAGGUCGAACUCGUCUCUCCGGUGCCGAAGAAAGAGAAGGAUAACGACAACAAGGACAAGGACGGUGGCGGAGGAGAGAAGAAGACCGGAGAUAAACCGGAGAAAAAGUCCGAUGGCAAGAAAUCCAAAGAGCCGCCGGUGUCAACGGCGGUUAUGAAGGUGGAUCUGCAUUGCCAGGGAUGUGUCCAGAAGAUUCGCAAAACCGUCAGCAAGACCAAAGGAUAUCAAGAGAUGUCCAUUGACGCCCAGAAGAAUCUGGUAACGGUGAAAGGGACGAUGGACAUGAAGGCACUGGCCGAGUCACUGACGGAGAAGCUGAGGAAACCGGUGGAGAUAGUCCCGCCAAAGAAAGACGGUGGUGAGAAGAAAGAGAAAGGCGGUGGAGAUGGUGGAAAAGGAAAAGGCGGUGAAAUGGCAGGCGGUGGUGAUGGUGGCAGCCAGCAAGAGGAUGGGAUCCAAUUUGUGCAAUAUGGGUAUCCAAACCCGUAUGUAAACGGGUAUGGGUUGGGUUAUCCGGUGGGGCAGUUCCAUGCUCCACAAAUGUUCAGUGAUGAGAACCCAAACGCUUGCUCUAUCAUGUGAGGAUGAUUAAGGGGGCAGAUAAGGUAAUUAUGGAACUACCCUCCUAUUAUUAGGAAAAGAUGAGAAGAUGUAAAUAGCAUUAAAGAUUCAAAUUGGGGGACUUGUUUUGUCUUUAAUUUUGAUUAUGACCUUAAUGUUAGUAAGAUUGAUGUUUUGACUUGGGAGAGUUUAUCUUCCGUGAUUGGUGUUAAAAUGUUAUUGUCAAA